AUGCGCUAUCAUGAUUAUCAUCGCCUGAUCUAUGAUGGCGGUCCACUCCAGCUGCAGUGGGAAGGUGAUUAUGUGUCGAUUGGCUGGGCCGAAGUCCCUUUUAAUUUGAAUACCCAAUUGACCGAUGAAAUCGCCAUUGCACUGAUGACCGAGUUCAUUAAGACCAUUGUUCAGGAUCCGCGUGGUGUACAGUUAUAUGAAGUACAUUUUCAGCAUCCAAUGCCCAAAAAAAUUUCCCUUUAUGAACAGCAUUUCCGCUGUAAGGUCCGUUUUUCCCAAGCUAAAAAUCAGGUAUUGGUACAUGUAAGUGAACUUUCCAUGCCACUGAAACAGGGCGACCAGACCUUGCAGAAACUGUUGAUGCAACAGGCCAACGCACUGUUAGAAAAAUUCCCGCACUCCACCCUGAUUGAUCAGCAACUGCAACAGGCGAUUCUGAUUGGCCUGCAAAAAAACCUGUUCCAGAUUGAGCAUAUUGCCGAGCAGAUGAAUUUUUCAGUGCGUCAGUUACAGCGCCAUUUGCAGAAACAGGGCAAAACCUACCAGCAACGGAUGCAGGAAAUCCGCUGCAUGAUGGCCAUGCAAUACCUGAAAGAUCCACACUUGAGCUUGCAAGAAACCGCAAUGUUACUCGGUUAUUCUGAACAGAGUGCCUUUCAGCGGGCAUUCAAGCAGUGGACCAAGCUGACGCCACAACAAUGGCGAUUAGAAAGCAUCUCAAUGUCGUGA